CCCCCAGCCACCCACCUCCCCUUUGCCAGCCCAUCGGCUGCUCCCUGCGCAGCCCGUGAAAAGGCACUUCGGGGCUCUCUGGAGUGAGGACCCCGUCUGCGGCAGUGGCAGUGUUCUCUGGCAGCCUUGGACCCCUGAUCCCGGCGGCUGCCCCGCAGGAGACGUCAACUCCCCGGCCCACUGUUGUCCUACAGGUCCAUAACCACCCGCCAUGAGAAUAGCCAUCAUUGGUCAGAGCCUGUUUGGCCAGGAAGUCUACACCCGACUCCGAAAGGAAGGUCAUCAAGUGGUGGGAGUAUUCACCAUUCCUGAUAAGGAUGGGAAAGCAGAUCCACUGGCACUGGAGGCAGAGAAGGACCAUGUGCCAGUGUUCAAGUUUCCCCGAUGGAGGGUGAAAGGGAAGGCCCUGCCUGAGGUGGUCGAGCAAUACAAGUCCCUGGGAGCCCAGCUGAAUGUCCUUCCAUUCUGCAGCCAGUUCAUCCCCAUGGAGGUCAUCAAUGCACCUGAACAUGGCUCCAUCAUCUACCACCCUUCGCUCCUGCCCCGGCAUCGGGGAGCUUCAGCCAUCAAUUGGACCCUGAUCCAUGGGGAUCGGAAAGGAGGCUUUACUGUCUUCUGGGCAGAUGACGGCUUGGACACAGGAGACAUCCUGCUCCAGAAGGAGUGUGAAGUUCUGCCUGAUGAUACCGUGAGCUCACUCUACAAUCGGUUCCUCUUCCCUGAAGGGGUCAAUGGAAUGGUGGAGGCAGUAAGACUAAUCAUGGAGGGGAAGGCCCCCAAAAUACCUCAAACUGAAGAGGGGGCAACUUAUGAAGGAAUACAGAAGAAGGAAAAUGCCAAGAUCAACUGGGACCAGCCAGCGGAAGCCAUCCACAACUGGAUUCGAGGAAAUGACAAGGUUCCUGGAGCCUGGACAGAGGCGAAUGGGCAGACGCUGACAUUUUUUGGAUCAACCCUUAAUGACAAUGGUCUUAUACCAGAGGGAGAAACCCUGGAUAUCCCAGGAGCAAGUCGGCCAGGCAUCGUCACCAAAGUGGGACUUGUCCUCUUUGGAAAUGAUGGCAAAAUGCUGGUGGUGAAAAACAUACAGCUAGAAGAUGGCAAAAUGAUCCCAGCAUCUCACUUCUUCAAAUCAGCAGAUAGCACCGCCCUGGAACUGACUGAAGAGGAGCUGGUCACUGCAGAGGCCAUUAGGGAUGCCUGGCAGAGGAUUUUGCCCAACGUUGCUGAGAUCGAAAGCUCCACUGAUUUCUUCAAAUCAGGCGCAGCAUCUGUGGAUGUUGUGAGGCUUGUAGAAGAAGUGAAAUUGCAAUGCGAUGGCCUGGAAUUAGAGAAUGAAGAUGUGUACAUGGCAACUACCUUUGGGGAUUUCAUCCAGAUGUUGAUUAGAAAACUGAGAGGGGAAGAUGGAGAAGAAAAACAAGUUAUAGACUAUGUGGAGAAGUCCAUCAACAACCUGACCAUUCGAAUGCCUCACCAGCUCUUCAUCAAUGGGAUGUUUGUAGAUGCUGAAGGAGCUAAGACCUACGAAACCAUCAACCCAACAGAUGGGACUGCCAUCUGCAAAGUAUCACUCGCCCAGAUCUCUGAUGUUGACCAGGCCGUGGCCGCAGCAAAAGAUGCCUUUGAGAAUGGAGUGUGGGGAAAGAUAAACCCCAGAGACAGGGGACGACUUCUCUACAAGUUAGCUGACCUCAUGCAGGAACACCAGGAAGAGCUGGCCACCAUUGAAUCUGCUGACUCAGGCGCCGUGUACACACUGGCCUUGAAGACACACGUGGGCAUGUCCAUCCAAACGUUCCGCUACUUUGCAGGCUGGUGUGACAAAAUUCAGGGUACCACCAUCCCCAUUAACCAAGCAAGGCCUAACCGCAACCUUACCUUCACCAAGAAAGAGCCAGUUGGGGUCUGUGGCAUCGUCAUUCCCUGGAAUUAUCCCCUGAUGAUGCUCUCCUGGAAGACCGCUGCCUGCCUGGCAGCUGGCAACACGGUAGUCAUCAAGCCAGCCCAGGUGACACCACUGACUGCCUUGAAAUUUGCAGAGCUGACAGUGAAAGCCGGCAUUCCCAAAGGUGUGGUGAACGUGCUACCAGGAUCAGGUUCCUUGGUUGGACAGAGGUUAUCAGAUCAUCCAGAUGUGAGGAAAAUUGGGUUCACAGGCUCCACAGAGAUUGGAAAACACAUCAUGAAGAGCUGUGCCAUAAGUAAUGUCAAAAAGGUUUCUCUGGAGCUGGGAGGAAAAUCUCCCCUCAUCAUCUUUGCAGACUGUGAUCUGAGCAAGGCCGUCCAAAUGGGCAUGAGCUCUGUUUUCUUCAAUAAAGGUGAAAACUGCAUUGCGGCAGGCCGCCUCUUCCUGGAGGAUUCGAUUCACGACGAGUUUGUGGAGAAAGUGGUAGGAGAAGUCAAAAAGCUGAAGAUCGGUGAUCCCUUGGACCGGGCCACCAACCAUGGACCUCAGAAUCACCAAGCCCACUUACAAAAGCUGAUUGAAUACUGCGAGAAAGGCGUAAAAGAAGGCGCUACUCUGGUCUAUGGAGGAAAACAGGUUCCCCGGCCAGGGUUUUUCUUUGAACCAACCAUAUUUACCAAUGUGGAAGAUCACAUGUUUGUGGCCCAGGAAGAGUCUUUUGGGCCCAUCAUGAUCAUCUCCAGGUUCCCUGAUGGGGAUAUUGAUGGUGUGCUACAGAGAGCCAAUGCCACAGAAUUUGGACUGGCCUCGGGGGUCUUCACCCAGAAUGUUAGCAAAGCCUUGUAUGUCAGUGAUAAACUUCAGGCAGGCACUGUGUUCAUCAAUACCUACAACAAGACAGAUGUGGCAGCCCCAUUUGGAGGGUUCAAGCAGUCUGGAUUUGGGAAGGACUUAGGUGAGGCAGCCCUCAAUGAAUACCUGAAGAUCAAGACGGUCACUUUUGAAUACUGAAAGAGAAGCUCCAAGUGAGGAAAAAGAGCCAGGCCCAGUGUUGAGUGAACCCCACUGCCUUCCCCUGCUCUCCCAUCCUUCCUAAUAUGAGUCCCCUGGAGGGAAAGACAAAGAAGAAGGGCUUUCAGUCACCUGCAUAAUAUGCCCAACCUGGGCCCUCCCUUUCCACUGGAGAAACACAACCCACAUUUCAUGCAGAAUUCUGUCUGAGUUCAGGGAGCAAAUCAGAAACUUGUUGAAAAUUGGAGCACUACCUGGCCUUCUCUCUUGAUUGGGAUGGAAGGUUAAAAAGAAAUUAGCAUCUCUCUUCCUAUCGUUUCUGGGUGCCUCCCAUGAUAAGACAGCAUCCUGCCUCCAAGAGAUCAACCAACUAAUAGUACCCAUCACUAAUGAAUACUUGGAUGGGAAGGUCAAAUACAU